GGCGACACUCGAUCACUUCCUCGUAAAACAUGGCGGACUGCAAGGGUGCGUUUUGUGAUUCUUUUCUUGUACGGUAUACGAUAAAUUCUGCACAAUUAUGUAAAUUGCAAUAGUUCAAGAUUCGUACGAAAUCAUCGUUUUCUUUCAUACUCUUCUCUGUGUAUUUCGCGUUCUUCCGUAUUCCUUUCUCCUUUUUUUUCAGCAAUAUUUACUUUCCAAAGCAAAUUGACAAAGUAAUUCUGUUUGGCAAUCAUGUUAAUUGUUUGUUUUUGAUUUUCACGCAGAGAACAAAGAAGAGACAAAUCGACCAUCCUAUGUUUUAAAAGUAGAUCCACCGCAAGAGUCGUCGGGAGAUUCACCAGAAAAUUCUACCAGUGGUAAAUAAUACGCUAUAUUAUUUUUUUGUUUCAAGUGCUUCUACUUCAUGGCUUUUCUCUCUGAAAUUGGUAUACAGUUGAAAUGCUUUACAUACGCUUGGUAUCACACUGUGAUUAAUUUCUAAUUGAAACCAAUAACUCUCAUUUCAAAUUGCACAUGCUACAACAUAAAAGCAUCAAGCUUUAUUUUAUAUGUACUUCAUAGCGAUUCAUGAAGUCUGUAUCGUUCCAGAAGAAAUGGAGAGCCCAUCAACGGAAAACAAUAGCCAGGAAUCACCGUCGAGUUCUACCAAGCCAGUGUUAGCUGCUUCAAAGUUUGGAACAUCAUUUGGGUGCAAUGACUCUUUCAAGACCUUAGUUAAGAAAAAAAAGUCUUUCACAUUGUGGCCCUCUCAGUUGGGUACAGUGACAAACAAUCAGCCUACCACUAAAAUAUAUUUACAACCAGCCAAGUUUCAGAAUCCAUUUGCAAAGGUCUCAGAUACACUUGUAAAUGAAAAAAGUAAGGAGAAGGAAAAAGAAAAAGAAGAAGAAAGCAACAAAACGGAAACAAAGGAAGAGAAAAACGAAGAGAAAGAGGAUAAAAGUGAAGAGAAGAAUGAUAAAAGUGCGAUAAAGGAAACUAAGAGUGAAGUAAAGGAAAUUAAGAGUGAGGAAACUAAAAAAGAGGAGAAGCCAGCAGAGGAAAUAAAGUCUACCUUCCUAAUGCUAGGCACAAGCACAAAGGAGAGUGUAAAUACUACGGUAACGCCUUGUACUUCAGAACCAAAUUUUGUCUUUGGUCAAAACCUACAGGAACGUGUUAUGAUCGCAAAUGAUGCGGAAAGCUCUGAGAAAACGGAAGGUGAGGAGAAAAAAGAGAAGAAAGAUGAGAGCACAAAUGCAAAUGGCUCGACGGAGCUUCUCUUUUCCAAUGCGUCAGCGGCGUGUCGUACUACCUCAAAACCAGGACUAACAUUAACCGAAGCAGCUCAAGAAUUAGAGGAAGCAAAUCGUGCUAAUAAAAGAAAAUAUAGUCAAAUAACACCGCUAACUGGCGAGGAAGGUGAAACGAACAUCCUUCAGAUAAACUGCAAGUUCUUUGCGUUCGAUAAGGCUAGUAGUGGCUGGCAGGAAAGAGGUAGAGGUACUUUAAGACUAAACGACCGCGAUGAAGAAUCUCGGCUGGUAGGACGUACUGCAGGAACCCAGAGAUUAAUUAUGAACACGAAAGUAUGGCCAGGAAUGACGGCAGAACGAGCAGCGCCGAAAUCCUUGAGGUUAACUGCAAUGGACGUUCAAGGAAGUAUCAGAAUUUUCAUUGUUCAAGCAGCACCGAAGGAAGUGGAACAGCUUCACAACUUGUUGCAACAGCGGCUGAAACGCGCUCAGGAACGUCAGCCUAAGAAACUAGCGACCGAUCACUGACAACCAAUCAGUCGUCCCUGCGACCUGUUCGCUAAUUACCAUCUAAAUUUGCGCGACACAGAAGUUGCUAACACGUGAGAACAAGAUUAGGGAAACUACGUCGAAGCUAUCAGGCCCUAUUUGUUUCUAGAAUAAUUUGUACACAAUAGAACUAUGGCUAUGAUUUGCGCCUUUUUCCCUCAAGUUCUCAAAUUCUCAAACUCUAUGGCGGUAUAAUAAUAUUAUAUUCGCAAACCGACAGACAGCGAAGGCAAGAUAAAAAAAAAAAAGAAAAAGAAAAGGCGAGAAAACGAAUUCUUUCUGAUAUAUAUUUUUUAAUCAUUCCCAAUUGAUUCUUCUUUUACGUGGAUUUCAAGCGUUUUUUAAAAGUAACUAAGAAAACCACUAGCUAGAGAAUUUUGAUAAUAGCAUAAUGCGAACACAAAACACACACACAUACAUAAAAUCAGUCACGAAAUCGCUCAAUAGACUUGAAAGAAGAGCGGUAUUUCUUUUUUUUUUUUUUUAGUUUUCAGACUUUUUCGUAAGAAUCACUUGGAUUUUUAUCGUAGAGAUGUUCGUAUCGAUUUAGAAUUCUCUAUUUCUUACCUGCUAUAUAUAAUAUAGAUAUAUAUAUAUAUAUA